GGCUGACUCGGACACUGGCCACCAUCGCUCGCGCGCAGCCGGGUCGCUGCCGCCGCCGCCUCCCUCUGGCCGGAACCGUUUGCAGCUCUUUGUUGCGCACGGGGAGAACCACGCACCCAACAGCCGCCGAGCAGCCGCCCUGCUCGAGACGCGCGGAAGCGCCAGGUUUGCGCUUUGUAAAAACUAAAAUAUUGUAUACAGCAAAGUCAUUGCUCAUUCAUAGAGCUUGAAGGAUACAGCCGUGCAUUUGUUUCGACAAAACCUGGAAACAAAAUGGAAGAAAAUUCAGAGGACAAUGGUGUGGUACAUGAUAAUUUUGAAGAAGUUCCUAAAAAGAAGGUAAUUGAGUUUAAACCUCCGCUAUACAGACAGCGUUACUACUUCGUUAAAAACUUGGUGAAUCAACAUAAACCCAAGAAGGUUGCAGACUUGGGAUGUGGUGAUACGUCACUAAUAUGGAUGUUAAAAUUCCACAGUUGUAUUGAACUGCUUGUUGGAGUAGAUAUUGAUGAAGAUAAAUUACAAUGGAAAGGGAGUAAGUUGUCUCCUUUCAUGGGUGAUUUCCUAAGUCCCCGGGAUCUGAAUUUGACUAUUACCUUGUAUCAUGGUUCUGCUGUGGAGAGAGAUUCUCGUUUGCUUGGAUUUGACUUGAUAACAUGUAUUGAAUUGAUAGAACAUUUGGAUUCAGAAGACCUGACCAGGUUCCCCAAAGUUGUAUUUGGAUACUUGUCUCCAUCUAUGGUAGUCAUCAGCACCCCAAACUCUGAAUUUAACCCCCUUUUUCCAACAGUGACACUAAGAGAUUCUGAUCACAAAUUUGAGUGGAGUAGGACGCAGUUUCAGACCUGGGCUUUAGAUGUGGCAAAUCGCUACAAUUACUCCGUGGAAUUUACUGGUGUAGGGGAACCACCAGCAGGUGCUGAAGAGGUGGGAUACUGCACCCAGAUAGGGAUUUUCCAGAAAAACGGAGAAGUCACUGAAACCUGCACUUCAGAGCAGUGUGGAGAACAUACUUACAAAGCUGUUUUUACUGCCUCAUACCCAAGUUUACAGCAAAAAAGAUUCCGCCAACUUGUGUUGAUAAACGAAGUGUUCCGAGAAAUCCAAAGCAUGAGACAUAAAUUUGUCCAAAGUCUGAAGCCGGAGGAUGACAGGGAAUUGGAUCACAAGUCAAAAGCCACCAGUCCCUCAGAGACCUGCAUCACCCUCGUGGGGCCAGUCUUCACAGAGGCCGAAAAAACCAACAUAGAGAAGGCUCCCAAACCGUUCUGUGUCGGAAAUGAAUUUUACAUACCCCUGGAGAGACUUCUCGCUUAUCCCAAGGUGAAUCGCUUGUGUGAUAACAUAGAGGCGCUGAAAACGCUCAUUGCUGACUCAGUAAGGCUGAACAGCGAUGGUUCUGCAGUGAAGGUUGACCUGAGUGACGAGGACGACAAUUAUUGAGCCUUCCUUAUUUCCUGAAAUUCAGGGGUUUGCCAGAGUUAGGCUCCAUUGGAGUCUAAACUUUUCGUGUAGUUAUGAUUCAAGUAACUUUAAUUUGAAAUUACUUACCUAACCUGCUGCUGUUUUUUUUUUUUUUUUUAAGUGUCUAUACCUAUUUUUUGGCAGGGAGUAAGACUUUUUGUUCAUAAUGUUCUUGGUCAUAUGUGUUUUUGCAUUUAGUCCUGUUGAAAGUGACAUUAAAAAGCUUGAAAGAAAAUUGUGUUUAAAACCUUUUCCUAGGGGCCAGGAGUAGCUUUAACAUUUUUCUAGGAGACUUUGUAUCCUUUGGGCUCAAUUCUGACCUGUAAUACUUAGCCCAAACAAGAAUGCAUGUGUUUGCACGGAAGGAGUCUCAGGACAUAAACCUUGCUCAUGUCUGAGCACCUUUUUGUCUGGGAACUUGCUGAUCGUAGUUGGGAUGGAGGUUGUGUGGGCUAAUGAUACAUUUCUUAGGGAGCCCAGGGGUGCAGAGGUAAGCUGACCAGCUAUGGACCUCUGCCCACGUAGCUGCCCGUGGGUCUGAGAUAGAGGCGGGCGUUUGCACGUUCCAAACCAGCUGAAAGGGAGAAAAAAGGACAGAAAAGGGCAAAGUGCACAUUCCUUCCCUGGGAAGGCUUGAUGCAAGUUGUUACAUAAAAGUGCUGUUUCUGGUCCUCCCUGGUGGUGCCACAGGAU